UUUGUCCUUGCAACUGGUCUAUAAAAUGAUCUGAUUCAGAGGCUAAUUAAGAGUCCAAUACAAAGACAUGAAACCCAUAUUUGCUUUCUUCCUUCUCUUCUCCCUUCUCAUGGCUGCCAGACUCAGUAAUGGAAGAAAGGAACCAGAAGAAUAUUGGAAGAGAACAAUGAAGGACCAACCCAUGCCAGAACAAAUUAAGAAUCUUCUUUUUCAUCAAGACCCAACUCCUCUCUCAGACAAAGAGAGCAAAUUUGUGAAAGAUUUUGAUUUUGGGGCUAAUGCUAUAAUUUAUCACAGCCGUGACCACCAUAAACCAGAGAGAGGACUUCAAGCUGAGGCUGAGAUGAGGGAAGGAGGAGAUGGGUAUCAAAUAACAAGGAAGAAUAUCAAAUAGAGAACUCAUAUAUGCAGUAUAAAAAUUAGUUUUGCUUAUAUUAUUGUAUAGUGUUUAAGAUUUGUUUAAAACUUCUCCUUGAUCAUAACUUCUCUGCAAUGUUUCUGUCUAAUUGAACUUUGGAGAAUUGAUGUUACUGUGGAGGGAUAGCCUAAUUCAAGCUUAAUAAAUGAAUAGUCAGAUGAUUUUUCUCAUAA